AGAAAUGGCCGAAAGCUCCUUCGUCUCAUUUCGAAAAAUCACUUUUUUGACCCCUCUCUCUCUCUCUCUCUCUCUCUCUCAUCAGUGAAGAGAAACAAUGGAAGAUCUAAAGGCUGCACUCAACGAGCACGUGGAUCUCGUCUCCGAGCUAUUCGAGAAAUUCUCCGGCGAACUCCGCCGCGGGUUCCGCCCCGCCGUAAAACCCUAAUACUUUUUUUUUCUAGCUUCAUUACUCGAAUUUAAGGAACCCUGGCUGAUUUGCUUGGCGCUGUUUCACGUUACCCUGCUGAUGACAGCUUUCAUAUCAAGGAAAAAUGUCAACUUCCAAUUUUGUCUAUCCAUUUUGGCAUUUUCUGGUGUAUAUCUUGCUGAGAGGAUAAAUAGUUUUCUUGGGAAAAACUGGAAGAGCUUUGCGAGCCAGAAUUAUUUUGAUCCCCAUGGUCUAUUUAUAUCGGUCCUCUGGUCUGGCCCUCUUCUUUUGAUAUCUGUGGUCAUUGUGGUGAAUGCUUUAUUUACAUUGUGCCAACUUAUCGUAAAAUGGAAAAAGGCAGAGUUGAGACACCGGGCAAGGCUUUCUAACAGCAAGCAGGACUGAAGUUUCCUUCGCUUUAGAAAACCAGGAGGCAUGCUUUUAGCGACAAGAGGGAUGAGAAGAGAUGAUUGUACCAAUUCUUCUUGAGUUUUAGACAGUGACGGCCACACGAUUUUGUAAUGCCGGAUCCGCUGGGAAGUUGUUUUAGAAGUCGUGUGAAUUUCGAGGUAUAAUAUCUGACUGUGAUUCCGUUAUGGGGAAACUUGUUGGCAUAUUACUUGUUUUGGAGAUGUUUCGGAGUGGUGGUUCAUAAUUCUGGAUACAUUAUCAGCUGACUUUGGUUUAGGCCUCAUGUUUUGAUUGCCUUCUGCAUGUAGGCAAAGGGGAACACAAGAGCUAGCCAAUGUAUUGUAAGUUCACAACUUGCGUUGCACCUUAUAAUUAUAUGGCAUCAACAUUUAUCA